UACGUCGGCGACGCCGCUUGCGAGGCGUUUAAUACGCGAGUGCGCCGGCACCUUAGGAACGAUGACUCGAUCGCGCCCCCCAAGCACGACCGUUACUUCAAAACCAACACUUUGCGCAAGCUGGUGGACAGAGAUCUGGACCUACCUGACCAAGGCUACGCAAUGCUACUUAUCGAAACAGCAGAGCGGUUUGUGGGCAGCGAAUACCAUAUGUUCCUUCGGAGGACAUUUCUGCAUCAGUUCGACGAAGUAUACAAACCCGGUACACCCAAAGACCCCGUCUGGCUGUGCGGCUUAUUCGCCAUCCUGGCUCUGGGCGAGCUGUACUCAAAUAUACCAGUUUGCGCGCAUCGCAGUCAAGCGGACAUUCCCGGUACAGGCUUCUUCCUUCGGGCUUUGGAUCUAUUUGAGGACCUCUAUGAGGAGCCAACCGUGUCUUACAUUGAAACUGUUCUUCUUUUGUCGUAUUAUUCACACGCCUUGAAUCGGAGGAAUAGCGCAUACAUCUUUACGGGGCUUGCAAUGCGUCUGAGCAUGGCUUUGGGCCUUCACCGCGAACUUCCUGCACAACUCGCCUCACCCUUCGAACACGAGCAUCGGCGCCGCGUGUGGUGGACAGUCUAUGCAUUCGAUCGUCUGUGCUCAUUGAAGCUUGGUCACCCGGUUAUGAUUAAGGAUGAGGACAUCAGCGUGAACUUGCCAUCGCACAACAACCUGACUUCAGACGAUCUCGAAGAUUUGCCAGACCCCAAGCAAAUCCUCUCCAGCAUCGCCAUGGCACGCAUUGCUGGGUCGAUUCUGCAGGACCUUUACCAACCAAGAAGUCGAUUUGCCAUCCUACCAAACGUGCAGAAAAUCCUGGCGCAGCUCAAAGACUUUAUUCAGUCGUUGCCUGAUGAGCUCUCGCUCGCCAAGAUCGCAUCCACAGCAUGUCCCGGGAGGGCUCUCGCCUCACUCCAUGUGCACUGCAAUCACUGCAUUGUGUUGACAACGAGGCCUGUCUUCUUCCAGCACUUCCAGUCCCAGGCGACUUUACCGCAUGUACGGGCUAGCCAUGGGCCGUGCUCUGCUGUAAUGCCGGCUCUAGCAGAUGCUUGCGUAUCUGCAGCAACCACGUGCUACAAACUACUGCGACGCUUGUGGGUUAACGGUCAAAUUGUCACACUCGGAGGAUUUGACUCUCAAUAUCUCUUUUCAGCCGCUACCAUACUUGCCAUGAGCCACUCACUGAAGCCCACCAACUCCAGUCGUACACUGCUGGAGGGUUCCUCAAGCAUGCUACGGAUUAUGGGCACAAGUGGAAAUAUUCCCGCGCGGGGCUACUAUGAGCAACUGGCCGAAUUGAAGCACGAUCUGGAA